CACUAUUUUCACAUUUAAUAAUACACCCACACUCGCUUCCGUGCGCCCCCUCGACUGCCUCCUUAAUAACACGCAGAUCCUACUUCGUAGAUCAAUCAACAACACAACUCGCCGCAUCCUAAGACUUGCACAACUUCACAACAGUUACACAAGAUGCUUUCCAAGAUCUUCACCACGGUGGCCCUUGCGGCCUCGUUGGUCUCUGCGCAGACCUUCACCGAGUGCGACCCCACCAAGCGUGAUGACUGCCCCAACCGCAAGGCCAUCGGCUCCAAGCCUGUCGACAUCGACUUCCGCAAGGGCGCCAGCAGCUUCUUCAAGAAUGCCGAUGGCACCACCCUGAAGUAUGACGACAACCUCGGCGCCGUCUUCUCCAUCUCCAACGACAAGCAGGCGCCCACCAUCGGCUCCAAGGAGUACAUGUUCUUCGGCCAGGUCGAUGUGACGGUGCGGGCUGCCCGCGGCGUCGGCGUCGUCACGAGCUUCGUGCUCCAGUCGGACGACCUCGACGAGAUUGACUGGGAGUGGCUCGGCGGCGACGCCACCCAGGUUCAGACCAACUUCUUUAGCAAGGGUUGCACCGAGACCUACGACCGUGGCGGCUUCUCGCCCGUCGCCGACCCGGUCAACCAGUUCCACACCUACACUAUCAAGUGGACCAAGGACCAGCUCGACUGGAUCAUCGACGGCGCCGUCGUCCGCACUCUCAAGAACACUGGCAUCGACGGCUGCGCCGGCUACCCGCAGUCUCCCAUGCAGAUCAAGCUCGGAACCUGGGUCGCUGGUCGCAAGGACGCCCCGCAGGGAACCAUUGACUGGGCUGGCGGUAUUACCGACUUCACCGACGCUCCCUUCGACGGCUACUACCAGAGCCUGCGCAUCCAGGACUACAUGGGCGGCAACGGCGCCAAGGAGGCCACUGAGUACCACUACACCGACCGCAGCGGUUCGUGGCAGAGCAUCAAGGUCGUCAACAACGGCGAGGAGUCCGACUCGGACGAGACCACCAGCUCGACUCGCAAGCCCAGCUCUACCUCCAAGCCUUCCUCGUCCGCCACCACCCUCACGACCUUGAGCUCGUCGGCUUCGCUCACUUCCAACGGCACCGUCACCCAGACCACUGCUGCCCCCACCCAGACCGAUGGUGAUGACCAGCAGAGCGCUACUGAGACUGCCACCGAGACCAUGUCGACCGCUGCUGCCCCGUCCAUGGCGGGCAACAUGGCCGCCGUCGGCGCUGCCGCCCUCUUUGGCUACCUCGUCCUCUAAGUGCAGUGACGUAGCUGGAAGGGACGGACUGACGGUCGUCGCGUUUUGAUAUUUGCCCGUUUCUGCUUCUCGGACCGAUGCUAUUUUGCAGCUUCGCCACGCUCCUUUCUACCCCAUUU